AUGCUCAACGCCUUUCCGGAGGGCGCCGUUUUCUUCUUGGAGUGGCCACUGUGGGCUCGCCUAGCCCUUAUCUUAGGUGGCUUGCUUGUUCGUCCCCCUGCCUUCGGGUUUACUCCUUCUGACCUUCUCCAGACGAUUAUCCUUACCACCGCCUUCGUCGUCAAGCUGAGAAAUUGGGCAAAGGACAGAAGGUUGGAAAGAAGGGCAGCCGAAGAGCAGGCCGAACGAGGGGAAAUGACUCUAGUCAACUGCUUGGAAGAAGACAUACCCUUCGGCAUCCGCGCUUUGAUCGAAGACCCCGAAGUUGAAGGGGUGUGGAACGCUCGAACAGUAACGGCUUUGCAUCUCGACGGAGCCCGAUCUGACCCUCCCUCGCAAUUGACGAGCAAGCUUAUAAAAUACUCGUCGACUUCUUCCACCUCUAUGCGCGAUACCAUGGACAUAGGACUUGCUUCUCCAGAUGCCUUGACGCCAUUCACUGAGUCCACGGCAGUCAUUGAUCUGCCAGCCGAGGCAUCGUCCUCAAGGAAAGGGAAGACCGUUGUCAUAAGCUACAACGGUCCAUAUCUUCGAUCGGACGCUACUGAGGCCGUGCCAGAUGUUGCUCCUUCAAUGACAAACGACAAGUUGAAUCCUUCACCGUCAAAAUUGCAGCUCCGUCCCAUCAUCAAUCUACCAUCUUCGGGAGCGCGCAAGUUUGUCAUUGGAAACGGGCAAAGAAACAUACUCGGACACAAGAGGGCAGACGCCCAGUCUAACCUCAACCCACUUGAACGCAUGGAGGCUCAUCGGCGCUUCCAUGUCGCAGAAAGUGGUCAACUUCUGCCUAGGGAUCGUCGGCUGACUGACAUGGAUCUGACUCCCGCAUUCGCUUCGUCUAUAUCAGACAGCGAGGAUAGCGACGACUCGGCAUCUCGUGCUUUGUCAUGGCCGCCUCGAAAUGGUAGUAUCAAUCUUGGCAAACAGUUCUCUCGCAGAGCGAAGAGGAUGGAAGGACCCCGACCUGUGCCCUUCCGCGCGUUCCUCGAGUCCUUACCCACCACAAAACCCCCGCCUUCGGCUUGGACAGAGAAGACCCAGGCGAGGCUCGACGCCAAAAUCCUUCCUUCUCCCAAAACAAGUGACACAUCCUCCAAAGCAUCCCUGCACACACCAAGCUCUUCUACGAGUUCAACGUCCGCAACAGCCACGACGUCUCCUCCAGGCUCGGUCUCGAUUGCAAACACUCGAUCACGGAAAGUCAAUGAUGGAUUCGAGAUAUUACCUGCCGGCACACUCGAAAAAGGACCCAGGGUCAAGGACUUCGGGACUGGGCAAGGAGAGUCGGAAAUGAAGAAAAUGCCUAGGAAGCUACAGAAACGAUCGCGCUCAAGUUCUGGGAGUCGUCGAAGUUCCAUAGAAGGUCGGAGGCUUAGCAGUGACAUGUUUCCUUUGCCGAUUUUCUGA